AUGCCUUGCGCCACUGUACUCACCUCUCUCUUGGCCCUCCUGGGGUCAGUCCAUCUCUCCUCGGCGCACAUGGAGAUGCAGUUCCCGCCGCCGAUCCGGUCAAAGUUCAACUCGUUCGCCAUCGCCGCCGGCGACACGGACAGCGACAUGACGUCGCCGCUCUCGACGACCAACUUCCCGUGCAAGGGCUACCACACAAAGUACGCCGGCACCGCCAUGGCGACCAGCGUGGCCACCUUCGCGCCAGGCAGCAGCCACAACUUCACCAUCGUGGGCGGCGCCUUCCACGAGGGCGGCUCCUGCCAGGCCUCGCUGUCGUACGACCAGGGCAAGACCUUCACCGUCGUCCAGAGCAUCCAGGGCAGCUGCCCGGGCCAGGGCUCCUCGAGCUUCGACUUCACCGUCCCCGCCGACGCGCCGGGCGGCGAGGCCCUGUUCGCCUGGACGUGGUUCAACAAGGUCGGCAACAGGGAGAUGUACAUGAACUGCGCGUCCGUCACCAUCGGCGGCGGCGGCAAGAAGAAGCGCGACGUGCCGAAGGCGACCAACACCAGGGUUGAGAAGAAGGAUGGCCUGGUCGAGCGGGCGGUGGCGUACAAGUCGCGCCCCGGCAUUUUUGUUGCUAAUGUCGGCUCGCCGGCGUGCACCACGCUGCCAGGCAAGGACGUCGUCUUCCCGGACCCCGGCCCGGAUCUGGUCGACAAUAAAGGUGACCCGGCUGCGCCUGACGGAGACUGCGGGGCGUCUGCCCCAGGUGGGGGCUCCGGCUCUGGUUCUGGUUCUGGUUCUGGCUCCGGCUCCGGCUCUGGCUCUGGUUCUGGCUCCGGCUCUGGCUCUGGCUCGAGCUCGCCACCACCUGCACCCACGGGCGGCAACAACGGCGGUUCGGGCGGUGGCCAGGCUACAACGCCGGGGACUGCUCCUUCCCCGACUCCCCCAGUCAACACAUCGUCGACAAGCUCUCUACCCGGCGGCGUCUUCGUCACCAUCGGCGACUCCUCCGCCGCACCCGCCAAACCAACCACCACCCUCUCCACAACAACCAAGCCGUCCGCCCCGUCGGGCACGCAGGCGACCAGCCCCCCGGCCGGCUCGGGUGGUUCGGCAGGCACGUUCGCGCCGGGGACGCCGUGCGCCGACGAGGGGGCGUGGAACUGCAUCGGCGGGACGUCGUUCCAGCGGUGCGCGUCGGGCGCGUGGUCGGCCACCAUCGACAUGGCGGCCGGGACCAGCUGCAAGGCGGGCGUGGGCGACACGCUCGUGUAUGGCGCGGCCGGGGCGCGGAGGCGGGUCCGGAGGGGGGUCGGGGCUUGGGAGUGA